AUGGAUAUCGGGGACGCGGGCAGCGACAAUGGCGAGCACAAGCCCCGCGCCAUCCCUACCAACCUUCCCACGUCUCUAGAUGACCGGCGGCACGCUCCGGUUGAGGAUUAUGUGCGCGAGACGGAAAUGUACGAUGGCUGGCAAGGUCAAUCCCAGUUCCUGACGACGCCCGCCCUGGCGAAGCCGCUCAACUUUGGCAAUCUCUCCCUCAACGAUGCCGAUUACGAUCGCGACGUUGCCAAGGGCCCCACCGACAGCGAUGCCCGGCUCAUGGAGAUGCUGCAGGCCCAAGCCGCCGCUCACCAAGCGGGCCAGGGCUACGAGGAUGAGCAGGCAGUCGUCGACGACGAGAAGCUGACCGAGGCGGAAAAGAAAGACUUGCUGCACCGGGCGCUGACCAUGGCGGCCAGCAACGGCGACGUCCAAAAAGUCAAGAGCCUGCUGACGGGCAGCGCCAAGGAGUUUGUCGACGUCAACGCCCCAGACGAGGACGGCACGCCGCCGCUGAUAUAUGCCAGCUGCUUCGGGCACGAGGCCGUGGUUCAGGCCCUGAUCGAGGCCGGCGUCGAUGUCAAUAAGCAGGACCGAAACCAAUGGACCGCCCUCAUGUGGGCCAUGACGAACCGACACAAGGGCAUCGCAAAGCUGUUGCUAGACAACAAUGCGUCGUCGGAUCAAAAGACUUCGUCGGGGCGAACGGCGUUCGACUUUGUUCCGCCGGACAGCGAAAUGUCGUAUUACCUGCACGACAAUGGCUACAACAUCGGAAACGCGGGCGUGACCGACGACUUUUACAGUCCUGGCUUCUCGCAGGACCGGUUCGAAGAGGAGAUGGCGGAGAAUGAGAUGCGGCGACGGCUGAUGAUGGAGAGUGCUAGGGACCUCGAGGUCGACCUUGGGAACGUGGGGAUGGAUGACCAGCCAGAGCCUGCCGAUGAGUUUGAGGAAGAGCAGCAAGAAUUUGACUGGAGCCGUUGUCUCCACGAUCAAAUGUUUGUCUUUCAAGAACACGAACUCGAUCGGAUACUCGACAUCAUCAUCACCAAGAUGACGCCACAAAGGUCGCCGUCACAGAAGCCAGUCCCCGCAAACAUGAUCUUCCUAAGUGCUCGGUACGCCCAUUACCACUCCAGCCCGGAGCUCCUGGAGCGGUUGCUCGUCACGGCCAUGGACCUCAUCAACGAGGUCGUGGAAAGGUGUCAGUGGGACAUGACCAUAUUGGCGUUCUGGAUAUCCAACGCGACUCUGCUCCUGCAUUACCUCAAGAAGGAUGCCGGGCUGGUCGAAGCCACGAGCGAGUUCCAAGCACAUCUCGCCGAGCUCAUCAACGAGAUCUUCAUCCUGAUUGUCAGAGACGCCGAGAGGCGCCUGGACAAGGUGCUCGACGCGGCAAUGCUGGAUCACGAGACUAUACCCGGCUUCGAAGACAUCACCUUCCAGAAUGAGUGGAAGCUGUUCAAGCGAAAGGCCACCGUCAAGGAGGAGCCGCUCGAGAAGCGCUUCCGGCCGCCCUCGCCAAAGCAGCGAGCGAAGCCGGCCCCGCGGAACGUGACGUCGCUCCUCUCCUCGACGCUGUUCGUCUUGGAUCUUUACGACGUCCAUUCGGUCAUCACCGCACAGAUCAUCUCACAACUCCUGUACUGGAUCGGGGCGGAGCUUUUCAACAGGAUCAUGUCCAACCGAAAGUACCUCGCACGGACAAAGGCGAUGCAGAUCCGCAUGAACAUUUCCAUCCUAGAGGACUGGGCUCGGACGAAUAACAGACAAGCCGAGCACUACGAAGGAGGAGAAACGAAGGCUUCGGGAGAGAACACGACGGACGCUGCCAGGAGGCACCUGGCACCAGCCAUUCAACUCCUCCAGUGGCUGCAGUGCUUCUCGUCUCUCGGCGCAGACGACCUCGAGGCGUUGGUGGGAACGCUUCAGCAACUCAAGCGACUGACACCGCAGCAGCUCAUCCACGCGGCCACUCACUACCGGCCGGAGGUCGGAGAGAAGGGUCUGCCAAAGAGCGCCAUGAAGUACUUGGUGGCCAUACAAAAGGAGGCGGCCCUCAAGCGCGAACGGCGCCGGAGCAGAGCGGCGUCACCGCUGCCCAAGACGGGGCAGGACAGCACGCCCGCAACGCCUGUCCGGGGCAAGCACAACGGCGGUGCGCUGGACGGUCCCGGCAGCGUGCAGAGCACGCCAAACCCCAACGGCAACGACGCGUCCGACGAGGAAGACGACGAUGCGCCGGAGCAUCUGCUGCUGGACCCGGCGCUCAUGCUGCCUUUCACCUUGCCAUCGGUGACGGACAUGCUGGUGUCAUACGGGGCCGGCUUUGGGGGGAUGAACCGGGAGCGCGAGCGGAAAUACAUCCCGAGCGUGCCCCCAGAGUUUCUGGAGAAACUGGAAGUCACGGGCGUCCGGAAGGAGCCCAUGUUUGCGGAAAAGGACUGGGAGAACGAAGAAGUGUAA